AGGCUUCGCAGUUAGCUGUUCCGGCUAAUGCGGUUGCAGUUCCUAGCCUGUAGGAGCUAGCUAGCAUCGGAGGAAUUUUUUUGAAUCAAGGAAUAUUUUCCGCUAAGACUCAUCUUGUUCCGUUCGCUGCCGCAGACCUCGCGUUUGCUAUUUUUGUCAUACGCCUAAAAUAUACCACGUAAUGGACUCGGACGAGGGUUACAAUUAUGAAUUUGACGACGAGGAAGAAUGCAGCGAGGACAGCGUUGAGGAGGAACCCGAAGACGACACCCUGGAUCUCGGAGAGGUGGAGUUGGUUGACCCUGUGGUAGCCGGCGGUGAACGGGAUGAAUGUGGAGAGACCGGGGGCAGUGGCCUUGGGGCUAGUCAGGAUGAAGAGGACUACCGAUUCGAAGUUUUAACAACUGAACAGAUCCUCCAGCACAUGGUUGAAUGUAUAAGGGAGGUCAACGAGGUCAUCCAGAAUCCUGCGACUAUAACCAGAAUACUCCUCAGUCACUUCAACUGGGACAAAGAGAAGCUUAUGGAGAGGUACUUUGACGGGAAUCUCGAUAAGUUGUUCUCGGAGUGCCAUGUCAUUAAUCCCAGUAAGAAGGCGAGGACGCGACCGAUGAGUACACGCUCCUCCAGCCAGGACAUGCACUGUCAGAUCUGCUACCUGAACUAUCCAAACUCGUACUUCACAGGUCUGGAGUGUGGGCAUAAGUUCUGCAUGCAGUGCUGGGGUGACUACCUGACUACCAAAAUUAUUGAGGAGGGCAUGGGUCAGACCAUCUCAUGUCCUGCUCACAACUGUGACAUUCUGGUUGAUGACAACACUGUAAUGCGGUUGAUCACCGAUUCAAAAGUGAAGUUAAAGUACCAACAUCUAAUCACAAAUAGUUUUGUAGAGUGUAAUAGGCUGCUGAAAUGGUGUCCGGCUCCUGACUGCCAUCACGUUAUUAAAGUGCAGUAUCCAGAUGCCAAACCAGUGCGCUGCAAAUGUGGCAGACAGUUCUGCUUCAACUGUGGAGAAAACUGGCAUGACCCAGUAAAGUGUAAGUGGUUGAGGAAAUGGAUUAAGAAAUGUGAUGAUGACAGUGAAACAUCUAACUGGAUUGCAGCAAAUACCAAGGAGUGCCCCAAAUGUCAUGUGACCAUCGAGAAGGAUGGUGGCUGUAACCACAUGGUGUGCCGUAACCAGAAUUGUAAGGCAGAGUUCUGUUGGGUCUGCCUGGGGCCCUGGGAGCCACACGGUUCUGCCUGGUACAACUGCAAUCGCUACAAUGAAGAUGACGCAAAAGCAGCGAGAGAUGCCCAAGAGAGGUCCCGUGCAGCAUUGCAGCGCUACCUCUUCUACUGCAACCGCUACAUGAACCAUAUGCAGAGCCUGCGCUUCGAGCACAAGCUGUACGCACAGGUGAAGCAGAAGAUGGAGGAGAUGCAGCAGCACAACAUGUCGUGGAUCGAGGUGCAGUUCCUGAAGAAGGCUGUGGAUGUGCUGUGCCAGUGCCGCUCCACGCUCAUGUUCACAUACGUCUUUGCCUUCUACCUCAAGAAGAACAACCAGUCCAUCAUAUUUGAGAACAAUCAGGCUGACCUGGAGAAUGCCACGGAGGUGCUGUCUGGCUAUCUGGAGCGAGACAUCUCCCAGGAUUCCUUGCAGGACAUUAAACAGAAAGUCCAGGAUAAGUAUAGAUACUGUGAGAGUCGGCGGCGUGUUCUUCUGCAGCAUGUGCACGAAGGCUAUGAGAAAGACUUAUGGGAGUACAUAGAGGACUGAGGAGUCCUUGAAUAAUGAACUGUGCAAGGAAGAACCCAACCCCACCUACCCCCACCAGUUCAAAGAGUGCUGUUGUCCCUCACCUCAGCACUUAUCUCAGCCAUCUCCAUACAUCCUGUGUUGCAUCCUCUUUUUCAUGGCUAUUGAUUUAUUUUUUGCUUGUUUGUUUUUAUUGAGAAUUUAAGUUAAUUUUAUUCUAAUAAAAAGUUAGACUAUUAAAGACAACCCCUGAUGUCAGUAUUGCAGUUUGCAGUGGAGUUGAUUGUGAACACUGCAAGAUUCUUCUUUCCUACAGUGGUUUUUGUGGAGACUUCCUCAGUAGUCUGUUUCGUUUUCUUUAGUUUCUUCAUUUUUUUUAGUAGUUUGAAAAUGGGCAUAGCUUUACAUGUUGGAGCCAUGUGCAGUUGUGUUUAGAAUGCUUGUGUGCGUGGCUUAAAGCUUGUUUUCUCAAGAGCAGAGGUCUUUAGGCGCUGGGAAAGGAGACAUAUUUCAAGCUGUAAAUAAUGUAUGUGCAUGGAACAUGGCAUGGGAUGCAUUUCUCUUUUUUGCUUCUUUUUUUCCCCAAAAUAUUUAUUUCUUUACAGAUAUUCAAAAAAUGCGUGGCAACCCAGUGUGGUGGGGUCAUGUUCUCUCAACUUCAGUUAUUUGGGUUGGAUUUUUAGUUUUAGUUUUUAAGGGGUGGGAAUGUUAAUCCUCAGAUGCAAGAGGACAUAAACACAAGCAAGGGGCACAGUAUCAACUCCCCCAUGAGGACAUGCAGGGAGCCUUGACAUUAAGUACAUUUUGAGUAGAAGUACUCCAGUUGUUGGAUGCAACAGAGCCCUUCCUAAGUUGUACGUGUAUGUGGCCCUGGACCAGACUGCUUUUAGGUUGGCUGGUAUGGAACUAUCCAGCUAUCCUUACUUUGUCACUGACCUGCACAUUUUCUCAGCCUAAUUAAAGGCCAUGCCUUUCCUAAAACAACUAUGAUUUGAUAAUUAAUACGCUACUAGUUUCAUGAGAGCAAACAUGAGUGAUAUUCACUCAGCAGACAGCACACCUCCCUAGAGCUUUUACCUUUUUAAUCAUUAUUUUAAAAUAUGCACCUGCACCUUUUGGGUUUGAGGAGGCAGAUGGCAUAUUAUAAACAUUUAUAUGAUGCACUAGCCAGCCAGGUGGUGUCCAGAUUCAUUAACACUAAGAUGUGGAAAAGUAGUAAAUUGAAGCUUUUGUAAUGGAUCCAGCAUUUUUGGAAGUUGUCCUGUGUUUUAAGCUUAUUCAGAACCAUGCUAACACUACUAAUGUACAGAGUGGUUCCAAACCUCCAGUUCACCAUGUAUGACCAAAUCUGGCACUCACGGGGAAUAUGCACAUUCAAAAUUUGUGUGAUUUGUUCGAUGGGGAGAAUUCUCACCCCCCCCCCCACCCCACCCUUGCCUUUUUGAGAGAUUUCAAAGGAACUUAUUUGAAUGCUCUGUAAUAUUUUCCAACAUCUCAGAAAUUUGCAUAUGUAUCUGAACCUGGUUUGUAAGGUAGCUGGCACCGUUUACUAUCAUUGUCACUCUCAUGGCUUUUAAAGGGUCUUGCCUGGAGUGUACAUAGUUGUGUGUUUUCCUCAAACUCUCAUCGCAAGACGCCUAAAGGACUUCUCUGUUGGCUGUGCUGGGAGUUCUUUUCACCAAAGUGUGGAUCUAGAAUAAAAAAAAAAACUCAAAAACUGCCUCUGAUCGGAGAAAUGUUCUUCAGUGGCUUUCAUGUGUUAUAACCAUUCUUACAAACAAAUGUCCUAUUUAAAUAAAUCUCAUUCAAAAGUA